AUGCAAACCCUCCGCAGCCCGUUACCAUGUAUAAGCCUCCCGAAGGGCAUGGAGACGUGCUACGCUGGAGAGAUUUCUAUGUACACAGAGAGAGAAAACAGAAUCCAGGCGGCAACUCUUGAGAAGACUCAGCUCAUUGCAAAGGAUUUUUCUGAGCUGCGCAUCCACUUCUGGCCCGACACAAGAUAA